AUGGUGAAAACAUACAAGAGAAAGACAAAUAGAGGCGAGUGGCCGGAAGAGAGCAUGGAAAAAGCUGUUUUAGAAGAGAAAAUGGGGUAUAUGCUAGCAGCAAAGACAUUUUCAGUUCCUCAGACUACUCUAGAAAGAAAAGUAAAAAAAGCUCGGGAGAACUUGGCCCUAUCUCCAUCUAAAAGUGUUAAAGUAAAGGUUUCAUUAGGACCUAAGCAACCUGUUUUCACAGAAAAAGAAGAGGACGAGCUUUGUGGCUAUAUAUUGGACAUGGAGACUAGACUUUACGGACUUACAGCCAAAGACUUAAGAGCAUUAGCGUACAAUUUAGCAGUAAAAAAUAAUAAAGUCCAUCCUUUUAACGUUCAAAAACAAGAAGCCGGCAAAGAUUGGUUUCAAGGGUUUUUGAACAGACACCCAGACUUGUCAAUAAGAAAACCCGAAAGCACUUCUGCUGCACGUGCUGCCGGGUUCAACAGAAUAGUUGUUGAUCAAUUUUUUAAUUUUUUGGGCAAUAUCUAUGACGAACACCAUCUUACACCAGACCGCAUUUAUAACUGCGACGAAACUGGUGUUUCAGUUGUACCAAAGACUAAAUCAAAAUUAUAG